AUGGGUUCUUCUAGUGAAACCGGAGGGGCAUGGAGUGUCAUGAAAGAUGUUAGCUUGUGUGAGUCUUGGCUCCACAUUAGUCAUUGUCCCGUAACGGGCAAUGAGAUGAAAUUCUGUCAUAUGUGGAAAAAAAUUCAUCAGGAUUUUUGUGAAAGGGUAAUUGGUUCGACCCGUACAGAUCAGGCACUAUCUAGUAGGUGGAAAAUUCUUAACAAAGAGUUGGCGAAAUGGAGGGAUGCCUUGGCAAAGGCGAUGGACAACCAUAGAAGCGAGGAAAACCUUACCAGUGAGACUAUACAAGCACAAAUGUUUUUUGGUGCUACUGGGCAAGGAAAAAAAAGCUUCAACCAUACCCAUUGUUGGGAGGUGGUGAAGAAUUGUAAGAAAUUCCAAAUUAUUCCAACGGGUCCGACGGUAGUCUUGAACGAGACGCCACUCCAUGAGACACCGGCAUCGGAUUCACCUAUGGAUUCCCCGAUAAGUCAAGACUCACCUAUCGAAAAGGAGCCGAGGCCUAUUGGGAGGAAGGCGGCGAAGGCGAAGAGAGGGAGUAAUUCUACCAAGUCAUCAUCUAAUAUUUGGAGGAACUUUCAAGGAUGCAAGCCAUGA